UUUUUAUAUCUUGAAGGAAGACACUCUAAAAAGAAGUUUAACACGACACGAUCAACUCAAAUAUAUGGCUAAAGCGUAUCAUUCAAAUUCGGUGUUGUAUGCUUGAGACCAAUGGUAUAUAGGCUCAAAUAGAGUCAUUGGGGCUCCAUUCAACUAUAAAAAGGAGAGUCUAUUCGAAUUCCUUUUCUUGUUGUGUUUACUAAUUUUACUGCUGUCAUGAAGUUCACUCCAUUUGUUCUUUCUGUACUCGCUGGUUCUCAGCUUGCUGCUGCUAUUACUCACAUCUCUACAACAACCACUACCACCCAGGCUGCUACUAACACUGCUGCUGCUACUCGAUUCCGUAUAUCGCUUCGAGUCGGGACAACUCUAUUUGAUUCGAGUCCUGUUGCCUGUAUCAACAUUGGAGAUUGUGGUGCUCCUUGCAUUGGUUUCUCUACAGAAUCAAAUCCAAUUUAUAGUUCUUACAAUGCUGAAAAGUGUUCUGAUCAAGAUGAAUUUGUGAGUGCAGCUGUUUUCCCAAAGCAACCGACUGAAUUUCUUCCAAUUCCUGAUUAUCUCGUUGUUGCUGGCAGUAGCGCUCACGUUCCAUGUGCAUGGAGUGGUAGCAGUCCUUCUGACAGUUCAGGAUACUUUUAUUGUCCUCCUCUUCCUGUUACUACCACUACUACAACCACUACUACAACCACUACUACAACCACUGCUACCGCCGCACCUACUUGUGCAAACAAGAGUACUGUCUAUGGUCAAAAGAAAGGCAAUGGCUACAAAGAAGACUGUUGUAAGACUGAAGCUGAUUGUAAAGACGAUUGUAUCAAGGGUAAAUGCAAUGGUCCUUCUAGAAAGACAACUACUGUCAAAAAAACAAAAACAACAGCAACUACUACUAGUAAGUCUGCCACUCCUACGUCAGGCGCUUGCAAGUCUGGCUAUAGAGGCAAAAAGAAGGGUAAUGGACCCAAGAAUGCUUGUUGCUCUACAGAACGCGAUUGCAAAGAAGACUGUGUUAAAGGCAAAUGUACUUAAAUCUGAUAAUGAUACUCUUUAAAUUCAAUAAACAAAUAUUUUUUAACACAACGACAAGUCUUGAUUAUAAGCCGCAUCAUAGCUCCUGUUGUAUGUUAAAUAAUGAUAAAAUA